AUGUCGUCAAAAAUUGCGUACGAGGAAACGACACACUCGCAGCAAGAUUCCCAAGAGGAAAAUGAGUCUGUGAGGGCCACGCUCAAAUUGUCUGAUCGUUCAGCCGACGAGAGCUACAAGCUCUUUUCCAAGGUCCAGGUAUCCGAUCCGACACCGGAAGAAGCUCGAAUCAUUCGCAAUAAAUGUCUCUGGAGAAUCCUUCCUUUCCUAUGCAUUGGAUAUCAUCUGAUGUAUGUGGAUAAGCAAACACUAGGGAGCUCGGCAAUCCUUGGCAUCCUAGAAGAUGCAAAAUUGAAUUCAAACCAAUACAACUGGCUCUCAUCUAUAUUUUACUUCGGUUACAUGGUGGCCGAGUGGCCGCAAAACUGGGCUCUGCAACGCUUUCCUGUUGGGAAAUGGCUGGCCGGCAAUCUUAUUGUUUGGGGUGGCAUAACGUUGCUGCAUAUCCCAUGCAAUAACUUUGCGUCUCUUUUUGUCGUCCGAUUCCUCCUCGGGCUAAGCGAAGCCUGCAUUGUGCCCGCGUUUCUCCUCUCCAUGUCCAUGUUCUUCACAUACCAAGAACAGGCCGUGAUGAUGUCAGUCAUGUGGUCGAUUGGCAACUCUAGCCCUAUCACUUCAGGCUUCCUCUCUUAUGGUGUGCUGUGGAUUAAAACAGGGUCAUUUCACCCUUGGAAAUGGCUGAUGGUUAUCACUGGUGUAAUUACCAUCAUAUUCGGGGGUUUAGUAUACUUGUUCUUCCCUGAUAGCCCCCUGCACGCCGACUUUUUGACUUAUGAGGAACGAGCUCAAGCGAUCUUGAGGAUAAAGGGCAACAAUUCUGGUAUCGAGCAGAAGCAAUUCAAGAAACAUCAAUUUAUUGAAGCCAUCAAAGACCCGAAAACAUGGUUGUUUGCCCUACAUGCUUGGUCUCAAGAGAUGGGCAAUGGCAUUAACAACCAGACUUCGUUAAUCAUCAACUCAUUUGGCUUCACAGUUUUUCAAACCACGUUGCUUAGCACUGUGAGCGGAGUUAUAGCGUUCUUUACGCUCUCUGCAGCCGCAAUUACGCUACACUUUACCCGGAACUCCCGAGCAUGGAUAUCCCUCAUCGCAUACGUACCUGCUGUCAUAUCCAGCAUACUAUUGUUAGCUCUCCCAUGGUCUAAUCGCUGGGGCCUCAUUGUGGGUGUCUGGCUACGAUACACAACUGGUGUACCAUAUGCUGUUGUAAUGAUAUGGGCCGCAAAUGCAUCUGCUGGACACACCAAAAAGACAACAGUUAUUGCGCUCUACCAUAUUGGAUAUGGACUGGGAAACAUCAUCUCACCCCAACUUUUCGAGCCCAGAUGGAAGCCUCGAUACAAGCCCACCUGGAUCAUUUUGCUCGUUGUUGCUGCUAUUCUCCCUUCUAUCAUCAUCAUUACUCUUCGAAUAUAUCUCAGCCGCGAGAAUAAGCGGCGGGACAAACUCGAAGCAGAUAAUGUUGUAGCCAACAACGGUCUUCUGGACUUGACAGACAGGGAGAAUCUGAAAUUUCGGUAUGUUCUGUAA